AUGAAGUUGUACAAAAGUUGUUUGUUGACUGCUGCCUUGCUGCUAUCAAGCCUUGAAGAUGCAUACACGACCGAUCAACCACGGGAACAAAAGAGUGAUAACGUCUUAACGGUACAGAACUCAAAAGUCCGCUUCCCUACAGACGAAGAGAGAUUUGUACUGCCGAAUAUUUUCUCGCCUAUCAAGGCCCUGGUAGAUCCAAAACAGGGCUUGCAGAAGAAGGUGGCUUCGCUGCAAAAGGCCAUUGAGCGAAAAGAAAAAGUGGUGAGUUCUCUGAAUGACCAAAUCACAAUCAAUCGGAUAGAAAGAACUCGAACGAUAGACAUAAUAAAUGUCUAUCAGUUAAGGAUGAAAAAGAAACCAUCCGCCGUUGCUGAGGAGUUUAUCAAGCAGAAUUUAGAUAAGCUUGAAGAAAAACUAUCCGACAUCGACGAAAAACUAAAAUCGCUUAAAAAUCAACUUGAUGGCCAUGAGGAAGACAUAGAAUACCAAACGCUGGAACUUGGUCACCUUGAAAAAUUAAAAAACCAAGAUCUUGAUCUACAAAAAUAA